AGAUGCUGAGAUCUUAAAACACAAGGAAAAGGAGACACGGCCUGGCCUCGGGAGGGAUUUUAACCGUUGAAUUUCUGGAUUUAAAUCACUUUUUUAUGCUCUUGUACCCUGGAUGGAUUAUUUUUUCUGCUUCUUUUUUUUAACUUUCACUAUGUAUGGACUUUACAGGGAGUGGGACUAUGCAAGUGGGACUAUGCUCAAAGGUUUUGUAAACCUGGAUGUUUGGGCCAGAUUUUCAGCGUAAACAGUGUGAGUCUGUAUAGGCCUGUCUGACUCCAGCUCCUUUGCAGCCGCACGCUUCACUUUGGUCAUCAUGGGCCGAACGCCACACAGAGAUCAAAAAGAGGAGAAAGAGAGACGAAGCAGCAUCACAGCAGGAUCUCCCCUCGACAAAUCUAAUGAACCGUUCAGGUGGGAAGACUAUCUGAGAGAAACGUCCUCCACCGCAGCGUCGCCUACUUGCUUCAAACAGUCCAGAGUCCCGCCCUCCAAUGACUUUAAAGCAGGUAUGAAACUUGAGGCACGGGACCCUCGCAACUCUAACUCUGUGUGCAUAGCAACGGUGAUGGGCAUGAUGGGUACUCGUCUUCGCCUGCGUCUGGAUGGAAGUGACAACACCAACGACUUCUGGAGACUGGUCGACUCGUUAGACAUCCAACCAAUAGGAACCUGUGAGAGGAUUGGAGACAUGCUGCAGCCACCUCUGGGUUUCAGGAUGAAUGCCUCCUCUUGGCCCAUGUUCCUCCUGCGGACGCUGAGUGGAGCUGAGAUGGCUCCUGCCUCUGCUUUUAAAAAGGAACCAGCCAGCCCAAUUAAAAACUACUUCCAGCCUGGUAUGAAGCUGGAGGCGGUUGACAGGAAGAACCCCUACCUGAUUUGUCCCGCCACAGUGGGAGAGGUCAGAGGUCAGGAGAUUUUCGUCAUGUUUGACGGCUGGCGAGGCGCCUUUGACUAUUGGUGCCCCUUCGACUCCAGAGACAUCUUUCCCGUUGGCUGGUGUGCCCUGACAAAACACAGCUUACAGCCACCUGGAAACUUCUUUACCCUCCCUGGUGCACUUCUCGCUCCCGUUUCUUCCUCCUCAGCCUCCCUCACAACACGCCGCUCCUCUUCCAACUCCUCCUCCUCCAUGCAGACCUCAUACCGACUGCCCAACCCUUUGCCACCCCUCCCUGUGCGCAAGGGUGUCCGAGGUCGCCGUCCCAAAUCCCAGACUAUUGCUUUGUUGAAGGCAGCAGCUGAAGCUGCGGCGGCAGCAGCAGUAAAUGGAGCAUCACAGAGCCCUGCCAGAACAAGCUCUGAGCCUCAACUGGCCCCCAGACCACACAAGAAGAGAGGGCCCAAGCCUAGGAGCAAGAAGAAGCCUCGGGUGGUGCAGUCCCUGGGGGUACCAGCAGUUACAGUUCCACCUCCAGAGACCAGAGUGAGCUCCGGACACGUAUCAGCAGACAGCAACCAUAGCAACGGCUCAAAUGUAGUUUGCACAGUAUGUGUCUAUGUGAACAAGCAUGGUAACUAUGGCCCACACCUGGACAGAAAACUAGUACAGCAGCUCCCGGACCACUUUGGCCCAGCUCCAGUCAACGCCGUGCUGCAGCAGGCUGUUCAGGCCUGCGUGGACUGUACGUACCAGCCCUCUGUAAUGCUGUCGUUCCUGCAGAGCCAGUCCCACAUGGGAGGAGAGGUCAUCAGAGUGCGGUCAGAGCAUGGUAUCCGCUACGUGAAGCUGCCCUCCGCCUCCAGUGCGUCUUCUGUGCUGCGGUUCCUGGAGAACAUGUGCCAACAUCUGGAGAGUGACAGUCUGUUCAGCUCGCAGCCGUUCAGUCCCUUCAGCAACAACACGCGCUUCUACAACAGGACAAAGUCAGAACCGUUGUCCCACCCUGAGAAUGGCCUGUCCAAAGACGAUUCAACAAAGGAUCCCACUCCCAGCACCCGCCCGCCUCACACCACAUCAGACUACAGAGCAGCAAAGAAGGAGCGGACAUAUUUUCCUGGGCACACACACACGCCUCCACCACCACCCCUACGACGUGUCAGCUCCAACCCAACUGAACUUAGCCCAAUGUGUCCACCCAGACGAGUGGAAGCAGCGAGCUCAACAACAGGCCCAGACCACAUGAAACAGGACAAGGAGGGUUCAGGGAAUGACGCCUCUUCCUGGUCAGUUGACGAUGUCAUGCGGUUUGUCCAAGAGGCUGACCCUCAAACUCUCGGCCCACAUGUUGAACUAUUCAGGAAACAUGAGAUUGAUGGUAAAGCUCUGAUGCUGCUGCGCAGUGAUGUCAUCAUGAAAUACAUGGGGCUGAAGCUGGGCCCAGCACUCAAACUCUGUCAUCACAUCGAGAAGCUUAAACAGACCAAACAAUAGAGGAUGAAGGCACUCUCUUUUUUCCACUGGCAACCGGGCGCGCACGCACACACACACACACGUACACACACACACACACACA